AUGGCUUCUAAAGAUGAAGAGAACAUCAAUAUCCAAACAUCAAAUGAGAAGAUCUGUGAUCUUGUUGAUCUUGAGAAACCUAUUGAUCAAUAUUUUCACCAAUUCCAAGAUUUAGAAACAGAAUUUGAGGGUGGAUUUACAUGGGUAAUUGAUAAUUGGAAUAAUCUAACUUCUCCUAAACACAUUUCCCCCUCAUACCAACUUGGUGGUUAUAAUUGGAAAAUUCUUUUUUUUCCCAAUGGUAACAGCAACAAUCGUAAUUUAGCUAUUUAUUUAGAACCACAUCCUGUGGAUGAUGAAAAAGAUCCAGAUUGGCAUAUAUGUGCCCAGUUUAGUAUCAUAAUUUCAAAGCCAGGUGAGGAUUCUACCAUAAGUCUGAGUAAAACCGCUUAUCACAGAUUUAGUCCCAAUGAAACUGACUGGGGGUUUUCCGAUUUUGUUGAUUUAGAAAAAUUAAAAACCCGCUAUUUAUCGCUGAAAAGCAGUGACCAACAGACAGGUUUAUUGGGAAAUGGAAAAACAUUAAAUGUAUCAGUUUUGGUGAGAGGAAUUAAGGAUCCAACAGGCGUAUUGUGGCAUAACUUUAUCAAUUAUGACUCCAAAAAGGAGACCGGGUUUGUUGGUCUUAAAAAUCAGGGUGCAACAUGUUAUUUGAAUUCCUUACUGCAAUCAUAUUUUUUCACAAAGGAAUUUCGUAAAUUGGUGUACGCGAUUCCCACAGCCAACGAAGUUGCUACAAAUAGUGUUCCUUUGGCUUUACAAAGAGCAUUUUAUUUACUACAAACUUCUAACCAACCGCUGGAUACUCUGGAGUUAACCAAAAGUUUUGGAUGGGAUACUGGCGAUGCAUUCACACAACAUGAUGUCCAAGAGUUGAAUCGUAUUUUAAUGGAAUGUUUGGAACAAAAAAUGAAAGGCACGUCAGUGGAGGGAAAAUUAAACGAGCUUUUUGUGGGUAAAAUGAAAAGUUAUAUCAAGUGUGUUAAUGUAGAUUAUGAAUCCAGUAGAGUGGAAGAUUUUUGGGAUAUUCAAUUGAAUGUGAAAGGAUUAAAAGGUUUGAAGAACUCUUUUGAAAAUUAUAUUGAAGUGGAAAUGCUUGAUGGAGAAAAUCAAUAUGCAGCUGAAGGAUAUGGACUACAAGAUGCGAAAAAGGGUGUUGUUUUUCAAAGUUUCCCUCCCAUCCUACAUUUACAAUUGAAAAGAUUUGAAUAUGAUUUCCAAUAUGACAGAUUAAUCAAGAUUAAUGACAAAUAUGAAUUUCCUGAUUCUAUAGAUCUUUCCCCAUAUUUGGAAAAUUCUGAAAAAAGUUGCAUUUAUGAUUUGCAUGGUGUUUUAGUGCAUUCAGGAGAAAUUGAUACUGGUCAUUACUAUGCUCUUAUUAAACCUGGUGUGGAGGAUAAAUGGUUUAGGUUUGAUGACGACAGGGUUUUGAGGGUUACAAAAAGGGAGGUUUUUGACGAAAAUUUUGGAUGUGAAAGGUUACCUGAUGAGGAAGUUAAAAAGUUUACUAGAGCUAAGUACCAAUCUUAUGUAUUGUCAAGGCAGACAAGUGCUUAUAUGUUAGUGUAUAUUGCAAGAUCACAAGAGACUGAAAUUUUAAAAAAUGUAACUUUGGAGGAUGUGCCCUCUUAUGUUAUAGAAGAGCUAGACAAGGAAAUCAAGGAAAAGGAAAGGAAAAAGAAGGAGCAAGAAGAGUUAUAUUUAUAUUAUAAAUUAAACAUACAUUCCCACAGGAAUUUUAUGAACUAUCAAGGCUUUGAUUAUUCGCCAAAUAUAAGGAGUAGGUUGUAUGACACUGAGUUACACAAGGCUAACGAAUAUCCUUUACAGAUGAAAGUUUUGAAGAAAUCGAAGUUGUGUGACGUAAGAAAGGGAAUAUAUGAACAGUUCAAUAUUGUGGACCAAAAACUUGUCAAUAUUUGGACGGUUGGGUACAGGAAAAGUUUUACUUUGCGUUUAAACAAAAUUUUGCCUUCUGGGUUGGAUGAGUCAACGCUGGAAGAUGUCUUUGAAAAAAUUGGCGCUGUACCUGCAUUCAAUGUUGAUUUAUAUCUUGAAGAAUCUUACUUUGAUAUUCGUUGUAUUUCAAAAUACCCACCCACCUCUAAUUAUCUCGAGAUAUUCAAGAAGCAAGCUGAAAAUGGAGCUUUGGAUUAUGCGCAAGAUUAUUUAUUUAACGGGGAGCUUCAAUACGGAAUAUUAAUUUUUAUAAAGAUCUUUGACCCGAAUAUUCAAAAAUUGCAUGGUUUAGCCCAUAUAGUGACGAGUCAAAAAGAUUCUUUAAAAACAGCUUUACAAUGUGUUAGUGAUUUAUAUCCGGAUAUAUCUGAUCAAAUAGUAGAAGAGGUCCAACCAGGUUUGAUUGAGAAUAUUGACGGCAACAGUACCUAUAUAGAAAAUGAGUUAUACAAUGGUGAUAUAAUCACAGUUCAACGCCAAUUGAGAAACCUUAAUACUGAAUUUUACCCAUUAUACACCAACUCCAAAGAUUUUUACUCGUUUUUAAGAUUUAGAAUUAAAAUUAGGUUUACUAGUUCACAAUCUACCGAUGAGGAAUAUGUGAUACCAAACAAAACAAAAGAUUCUAAAGAAUUUAGUCUAUGGGUUUCGAGUAAGAUUUCAUAUAAAGAUCUAGCUAAACUUGUUGCUAAAGAAUUAAAUACUGAUUAUCGAAAAAUAAGAAUUAAUGCGUGUUACAAUAAUGUACGUUAUCCAUUGAAAUCAAAUUCAAUUUUGGAGAGUUCCCUACUGAAGAAUUUUUCUCAAUAUGAAAUACCACCCUUUGAGUAUGAACUGUUGUCUAUACCACUUUCUGAGUUGGAAAACUUAAAGUCAAUCAAGAUAUAUUGGAUGAAAGAUAAUUACAUACAUACCCAUGUAUAUGAGUUUAGUGUUGUAACCUCUUGCAAUAUUAAAGAAUUGAAAGAAAAGUUAGUUAGCAGAGUUCCAUUAGACAACAAGCUAGCACCUCAUUUACUUUUAUGGGCUAAUAUCGAUCAUUGUUUUUCCAAUGUAUUUUUUGAUGAUAAUUUUGUUGAGGAAAUUUCGCCUGAAAUGGUUGUAUUGGCAAGGGUUUUGCCAGAAGAAGUUGAAUUGAUCAGGCUGUUGGAGGAAUCUGUCGAGGAAGAAUCACAAGAUUUAAGCGUUUCAAAUUAUAAAAAACACGGGAAAUUAGUGAUUGUUGUUCAAUAUUUCAAAGAUUUAAGUAAAACACAUGGUAUUUCGUUUUUGUUUAGAAUAUUACCAGAGGAAAGCUUAUUUUCUAUGAAAAACAGGUUGCAUGCCUGUUUUGGGUUGGGUCAAAAAGAAUUUAUGAGAAUAAAAUUAGGUAUAAUCAUGCAUAGAGAUAACAAGCUAAUUGAUUUAAGUGAUAAACCAGAUGAUGAGAUAGAUCAAAUUACGCCUUAUGAUAUCAUGGAACCAUUUGAUUAUAUUUGUUUGGAUCAUCCUGAUCGUUCGAGACAGCAGUCUACAUUUGAUAGACCAAUUAUGAUUAAGAAUUAA